AUGCUGUCUGAAGAAGACACGCUUUUUCCACCAGACAAUAGAGCUAAAUUACUGCAACAAUGUGCUAUGGAGCUCCUGGUUCUGACUGCAGAAGCUGCUAUGGUCAUUAUAAUAAUGAGGAGGCAAAAAGAAGCUGAAAUUGUUGCUGCAAGAGAAAGAAGGAGAAUGAAAAGACAGAGAAGAGUAUGGGUCAAACAGUGGUUGCUGAGAAGGGUCAGGUUUGGACAGUAUGAGCAACUCAUGGUUGAAUUGGGAGCAGAAGACCAGUCAAGUUUCAAGAACGUUCUGAGAAUGGAGCCAGAUAUCUUGAGAGAAAUCCUGCAAUGUGUUUCGCACAGAAUUCAGAAGAAAGACACUUUCUUUAGGAAAGCUUUGGAGCCAGGUCUAAAAUUAGCAAUAACCCUGAGAUAUUUGGCUACUGGAAAUAGUUACAAGUCCCUUCAGUACUCCUUCAGAGUUGCACACAACACCAUCUGUAAGUUCAUACCUGAAAUCUGCCAAGCCAUCAUUAAUGAGUACACUGCUGAGGUCAUGAUUUGUCCUACCACACCUGAAGCCUGGAAGGAAGUUGCGAAAGGAUUCAAGACCGCAUGGAACUUCCCACAUUGUGUAGGGGCGAUUGAUGGCAAGCACAUAGCAAUCAGGAAACCAAUCCAAGGUGUAUCGUAUUACUACAACUACAAGGGAUUCUUCUCCACAGUUCUGCUUGCAGUUGUUGAUGCAGACUACAAAUUCCUUUAUGUGGACAUUGGAGCCAAUGGUGCUGGCUCUGGUGCAGGAAUCUUCAAUGACACUGACUUAAAAAGAGCACUGGAAGAUGGCAGAAUUGGAUUACCACCACCUGAGCCUCUACCAAAUGAUAACCAGCCCAUUGGAUACUUCCUUGUUGGCGAUGAUGCCUUUGCAUUAAAGCCCUGGAUGAUGAAGCCACUACCCCCGAGGAACAUGACUGUCGGGCAACGAAUCUACAACUACAGACUCUCCAGAGUCAGGAGGGUUGUGGAAAAUGCCUAA